AUGCCUUCAACACUCGUUCUAGGGGCUUCGGCAGUCCUUCUCCUUAUAUAUGUUGUCCGAGCUAUACUUUUCCGACCUAAAAACUUGGACCUCCCAAUCGUGGGUGAUCCUAGUGAUAGCGAUUUCAGAGCUGCAUUGCUUGAAGGGACUGCCAAAUAUCCUAAAACCGCCUACGUCCUCCCCAGCAAUCCCCCAACAGUCGUCCUCCCCUUGAAUAUGCAUGACGAUUUCCGCAAUCUCCCUGAAAACAAAGCUUCUUUCCAAAAGGAAAUAGAUCGUUUAUUUAUAGGCGAGCACACCGGUAUUGGCAAAGACAGUUCCCCACUCAUCAAAGCCGUCAAGAUCGAUUUGAAUCAUCACCUAGCAUCUACUCUUGAACCUCUCCAAGACGAAACACGUUUUGCAAUAGAUAAAGAAUUCGGAACGUGUGAAAAUUGGACUCAAUUUACUGUGCACGGAACAUUUGUCAAGAUUGUUGCCCUUCUCAGCGGAAGAAUCUUUGUGGGAAUACCGCUGAGUCGAACCGAAGAAUGGAUUACUAUUAGUACUCAAUUUACGGAGUAUGUAGUACGAGCAAGAGAGCGCGUGGCUAAAUAUCCAACGUGGCUUAGACCUUUCGCGACCCCCUUCUUACCAGAGAUCAAAGUGAUAGAGCAACAUAAAGCUGUGGGGGCAGAGUUAUUGAGACCGAUUAUCGAGGAACGCAUUCAACGAUUCAGGGAAGGAGAAGGAGUGGACAAAGAUGAUGAAUCCAAGGAUAACCAGGGCACAGCUGUUAGUUGGCUUAUGAGAUGGUCGAAUGAAAAGAAGGAGGAUCCGCUUGCUUUAGCGCAACAUCAACUCAGCUUGUCUUUUGCUGCUAUUCAUACAACGGGCUCAGCUCUCACACACGUAUUAUUCGAUUUAGCAGCUCAUCCACAAUUCAUCGCGCCUCUUCGCGAGGAAAUCGAUCAAGUUCUGGCGGAGGAUGGAUGGGAAGUUGACAGCAGCGGGAACAAAAAUUUGAAGAAUCAAUCAUUACCUAAAUUGAAGAAAAUGGACAGUCUCCUUAAGGAAAGCCAGAGGCUCAGUCCUGUUGAGCUGGUCUCCAACCUUCGUUCAACAACCUCGCCUAUUCGACUCUCUACUGGUGAGAACAUCCCUACUGGAACACGUGUAUCAUUCGAUGCCUACACAAUCAACAUGUCCGUUCCGAAUGUCUCUUGGCUUCCUCAUGGUCCUUCCAAUAUUCCGGCAAUUGAUCCUCCCGAAACUUUUUCGCCGUUUAGAUGGUCGACGCUACGUGAAGCACCGGGGAAUGAAUCAAAAUAUCAACUUGUGACGACAAAUAAAGAGAGCAUGAAUUUUGGACAUGGGAACCACGCAUGCCCCGGUCGCUUCUUCGCAGCCACAGAGAUUAAAAUCAUACUGGUGGAAAUAUUGAAAAAUUGGGAUUUCAGAUUAGUGGGUGAUAAAGAGGGUAAAGGGGGGGAGAGACCGGGGAAUCAUUUCAGUAAUACGAUGGUUAGUCCAAACUCGGCUGCUAAGCUUGAGUUUAAGAGGAGGGUUGUUUAA